AUGUCAAGUUCAGAUGACUCAGAUAGCGGUAUCACAGCCUCCUCUGACUCGGAUACCGAAAGUAUCAUCAGCGAGUCCGAGGAAGAUGACGAGGCUGGCUUCGACGAGAUCGAUCAUCAGCUCUCUGAUAUUGAUGAUGGCAAUCAAGUUUCUGAGUCUGUGUUCCUUGAGGGAACCGAAAGUGUUCUCAACUUACUAUUUUUCGGGGGCGGCAGUCUCGCUGGAGCUAUUGCCCAUACUUCCGACACCAAUGGGACUACUCACCAGCCCAGGGCCCAGACUGCUGACACGGAGAACAACCUGGACACCUUGGAUCUUGGUGGUGAUGAUACUUCCUCGGAGGCCAACACAGCCGCGUUGCAUACAAACCAGGGAUCCAAUGCUGUACGGGCUUUGGAAGCAAGCGUUUACCGGGACAUGUGUCGCGAUUAUUUGGACAUGCCUUUUCCAGCACAAAACUAUGGUACAACUUCCAACACAUCUACUCAGCUUGUUAAUGUCUCUCACAAUCCCGGGUUCUUGGGAUGGCUAGGUGGGCGGCUUCAACGUACAUUCUUUCAGCCGAGUGUAUAUACCCCUUUGCCCUCUCACUCGCACAUUCGCGUGCUUCUGAUCCAGCCUGGAGUGAACGAGGACACCCUGGUGGCCUCGUUCGAACUCCUGGAUCUGAACGCAGCAAGCAUUCGCUUUGAAGCAAUUUCUUAUCAGUGGAGUGAGGGUGGUAAUCAGAGAGCGUCUAUGCGUCUUGGAGGUGAGAAAAUAUCUAUCAACGCGUAUCUUCGAAAUAUUCUACUGCAUCUUCGGCUCGAGCAACAAAUUCGGGUCGUGUGGGCCGAUGCAUUGUGUAUCAAUCAGUCCGACCACGAGGAACGUCUUCAUCAAGUCAGUAUAAUGCAAAGGAUAUACUCCCAAGCAUUUAGAGUCAUUGGAUUUGUUGGCAAGGACUAUACCCAUGCGAAACGAUAG